CACUGCAGCGCUGGUCAUAUGAGCAGAAAUGAUGAGAAAAGCACUUUUUAAUCUUUUCGCACUUGCUCUGCCCGCUCAAACAGUUGCAGGAUGUCGAUGACAGAGUUGCUCAGCGCUGAGGACAUCAAGAAGGCAGUGGGGGCGUUUACCGCUGCCGACUCCUUUGACCACAAAAGGUUCUUCCAAAUGGUCGGCCUGAAGAAGAAGAGCUUGGGCGACGUGCAGAAGGUGUUCCACAUCCUGGAUAAAGACAAGAGUGGCUUCAUCGAGGAGGAUGAGCUGGGAUCCAUCCUGAAGGGCUUCUCCCCAGAUGCCAGAGAUCUGUCUGCAAAAGAAACCAAGGCUCUGAUGGCCGCUGGAGACAAGGACGGGGACGGCAAGAUCGGGGUGGAAGCAUGCUGUAGACAAGAGCUGCACACCCAGAUAUGGAAACUUGCAACCUUAGAAUUCUCCACUCUGGUGGCUGAAAGCUAAGAGGCCCUGACUGCCCCAGGUCUUACGCUUCUCUGCCCCGAACACCCCGUCUCGGCUCUUCUUGCCACCCUCCUAUGUUUCUGUUCAGUGUAUGUUAUUUUUUACUCCCCCCACCCACUGUGGCCCUCAAAUGACACCAUCCUUCUGGAAAAUACUGGAGAAACAAUAAAGGCUGUACCAAUCAGA